AUAGAUUGCUUAUAUCUGUCAAAAUUUGUAUACAACAUUUGUUUAAAGUUACCAUAAUAACUAUUUCUAUUAUUAUAAUUGAUCAUCUUUAUGUCAACACAGGGGCAGGCAUAGGUAUACCGAUCAAUCACUGUGGGGUAUUAGAACACGAUGGGAAAUUACAGUUAGAAAAAAAGAGAUACACUGAGGAAUUCAUUAUAGAAAUAGGUAUUCCCGCCUCAGGAGUAUAUAACAUAAAACGUGGACAUUAUUUAGACAGAAUCUGUGGAAGACAGAACAAGAUGCGUGUAUUGUAUUGUUUCAUUUUUGUAUUGCUUAUUGAGUGGUCGUAUUCAGACUGCGGUGUGGUCACCAAGAAGGAAUGGGAUGGACUGCCUGCGCAAAGAGUGGAGUACCUUCCCCGGCCCGUAAACCUGGUCAUCAUUGAACACACAGGUGGCCAGUCUUGUGGUACCCCUGACAAAUGCAAGGAGGAACUUCGCAGCUCACAGCUUCAAAUGAUUAUGAACAAUUAUACUGAUAUUGCGUACUCUUUUAUGGUUGGUGGAGAUGGAAAGGUUUACGAAGGCGUCGGGUGGGUACGUGCAGGCUCUCAUACGUACGCCUACGACCAUAAGUCCAUCGGAAUUGCUUUCAUUGGCAAUUACAAUAACGAUACACCAACAGCUGAACAACUUGAAGCUGUAAAGGGUCUGUUGAAGUGUGGAGUGGAUGAAGGACACCUAACGCCUGACUACCAUAUCGUUGGACAUAACCAAGUCCUCGCCAAAACUCAGAGUCCUGGUCGCAAAGUGUAUAAUGAGAUAAAAAAGUGGCCACACUAUCUGGAUAAAGUCGGCCAGAUUUAAAAUGAUGUAAGAGUUUAAGCCUAUGCGUAUAAAGUUAAACGAGCUGAGGAUGCACUCCGACUUCAAAACGCGCAGUAGCUUCACUUAUUAUCAGUAGGGUCACUUUAUCAUGCCCGUCUAAAAAAAUACAGCUAGAACUACAUCGUUUGCCAUAUAAAUAUGUGCACUGAAAUUGCAUAAUAAAACAGUAUUUGUAAAA